GCAUAUUUUAUGAAGAUUUUUGAUGCUGUUACAGAUAAAUCAAUCGCAAAAUGUUUCAGAAUUUUGCAAUGUGUAGGGCCAGCCUUAUCAGUGCCACACGUUCUGCACAAUAUAACAAAAGGUUUUGGGAUGGCUGUAGAGAGCAUUCUGUCAUAUGUAGUAACAAUGCGCUUAAACAAUCACAGUUACCUGGAAGAGCAGAUGUACAAGGUUUAUCAGUUCGAUUGUAUUCAAAUCCUGCAAGGAAACCUAGUUUCCUUUCUCAGUUUCUUGACAACAUUAAACAAGAGAUGCAAAAGAAUAAGGAAAUGAAGGAGUCUUUAAAGAAAUUCAGAGAGGAGGCAGAAAAGCUAGAACAGUCAGAAGCAUUAAAGUCUGCAAGACAAAAGUUUCAUGCAGUUGAAUCUGAGGCCAAUAAAAGUUCAGAAGUUCUGAAAGAAAAAUUAGAUUCUUUGAAAGGGAAGGUGCAAGAAGUACUUGAAGAAGCAAGCAAGACAGAAUUAGGCAAGAAAGCUGGACAAUUAGGUGAAGAAAUAUCAAAAUCUGCUAAAGGAGCGGCGGAAAGUAUUUCUGAAAAAAGCCAGGCUCUAGGAAAAACAAGCGCAUUCCAAACAAUAUCGCAGACAGCAGAAGCUGUAAGAGAAGAACUAGAUCAUCAAGGAAUGCAUGGAACAGUUUACGUUCCACCUAAAAAGUUAAGGAAAAGGAAAGAUAUAAUAGAAAGUGAAAAUGAUAAAUGUGUUACACCAAAUGAAGAGGCUAUGGGUGUUGAAUUACAUAAAGAUUCAAAAUUUUAUCAGUCAUGGCAAAAUUUUAAGGAUAAAAAUCCGUAUGUGAAUAAAGUUUUGGAUUGGAAGAUGAAAUAUGAAGAAUCAGAUAAUCCUGUAAUUCGUGCUUCCAGACUAUUGACAGACAAAGUUACAGAUUUAAUGGGUGGACUAUUUCAAAAAACAGAACUUUCAGAAACAUUAACAGAAAUUUGUAAACUGGACCCUAACUUUGACAGAGUGCAAUUCUUAAGGGAUUGCGAGGCAGAUAUUAUACCAAACAUUCUCGAAGCUAUGGUACAGGGAAAUCUUGAAAUUUUAAAAGAUUGGUGUCAUGAAGCUCCAUAUAAUAUAAUAGCGCAACCAUUAAUGCAAGCGGAAAAAUUAGGAUAUCAUUUAGACAGUAAAGUACUAGACAUUAAUAAUGUAGAUUUAAUAAUGGGUAAAGUAAUGGAGCAAGGACCAGUUUUAAUGAUCAGCUUUCAGUGCCAACAAAUUAUGUGUGUGAGAGACACUAAGAACAAAGUUGUAGAAGGUGAUCCUGAGAAAGUAAUGCGUGUUAACUAUAUUUGGGUAUUAUGUCGUGAUCCUACGGAACUUAAUCCGAAAGCUGCGUGGCGUUUACUCGAUCUUAGUGCCACCAGUUCCGAGCAGUUUGUAUAG